CUCUCUCUCUCUCUCUCUCUCUCUCUCUCUCUCUCUCUCUCUCUCUCUCUCUCUCAAAUUAAAUGUAAUUUUAAAAAUCCCGCUGAAAGAGCCGUGCCUUUGCAGCCUAGCUUGUUCCCUGCUUCUCUCCUCGAUGCUUUGCGAUCUCACCUGCCACCUGCCGGGAGUCAGGUCCACACUUUCCAGAAUUCUCUUUGUUCUGCUCUCAGGCCUCAGCUUUCUGCUGGGGCUUUUGCUCUUUCGUCUGCUCCUUGUCUCUCGACCAGCCCUGCCUCCGGACAACUUCACAGAUGAUGCUCCUCUCUCUGUCCCUCACACAGCAGCAUAAAUAUUUCCAUGCUCAGAUCAGCUUUUGUGUUUACUAUUUCAUGGCUAGUGUCCUUCAUUUCCAAUAUUCUUGUAGAUGUUAGGGCUUAAAUCGCUGUCCUUUGUCAUCUCUGAGAACAAAGAGCACAUUAAUCUGUCAGUGUCAUCUUGCUCCACCCAAUUUCCUCUAGCCACAUUUGUGCAAUAUGGAUUCACUGCUUCCUCUCUCUUCGCCAUUUCUUCAACCUCCCCUCCUCCCUCUCUCCUCUCCUCUCCCUUGCUCCCCUGCUUCUUUCCUCUCUUUCCUUCUUUCCCGUUUUCUUUCUGAGUUGCCCAGGUGGCUUUCAGGUUCCUCAGUCAGUUCUCUUACUAACAUGUAGGUUCCCAGGAUAGAAUGUAAGCUUUGUGGCAAGCACCUCUACCCAUUGAAAUACGUCUCUGACACUAGCAGAGGGGGAGGAGGUCUAAUAUUUCUAUGUAGCCCUGGCCAUCCUGGAAUUUGCUCUGGAGACUGGGCUGCUGGUAUUAUAUGCAUGGUUCACCAUGCCCAGAAAAGUUGAGGUCUUUGGUUUUUGGGAGAGUCUUGGGACUCAAACUCAGGGCCUAGGCUCCAUCUCUGUUUCUCCAUUUCUUCCAUUUACUUUGAUAGAUCUCUCCUCAUUGUUCUGUUCCAUUCUUAUUACCUUAGUAAACAUCCCUUAAAAGCUGGACUUAAUGGUGCAUGCGUACCUUUAAUUUCAUCACUCAGGAGAUUGAGGCAGGAGGAUCACCAUGAGGCAAUCUGGGCUGCAUAGUGAAUUCCAGAAUAGCCUGGCUCAGCCUGGCUCCAGAGUGGGACCUCUUUUGAACAACUACAGCAACAGAAAUGCCCUCAAUCUCAGUUCCUAUCACUGAAUUCAUUUACUCAGCUCAGUCUGGUGACUGUUUUCUGGUCCAGGUAUUUCCGGAUACUUGGUGACUUAUUCAUAUAUUUGCGAAAGUGCACACAGACUGCAAAGUUGCACGGAAGCUAUAUCCAAAGGCAAGGUUAUAAUGCAGAUUAAAUAGGCCACAAGAGAGCAGCAGUUUCCUCGAGUUAGAGUACUCAAGGGCCCCUGCCUUUCAUCUGGGGUCUUUCUUGAUGAAGUCUAGGAGGGAGGAGUUUGAUUAUCACAAAUGAUUCUAUUUUCAUUGAAAGGUUUGGAUUAUGUAAGCCUUUGUUCACUGCACAUGUAAUUUCCUGUGAUACAUCUGGUUUUAAUCACAUAUAUGAACGGCACGCAUAAGCAUAAGAUGGUAGGUAGAGGAUCUUUCUUGAAAAUUCAUUCAGAAGACAGUUUGCCUUGCUACAGAAGCACCUCAAACCAGUCCAGACUUGAUCGACCCAUCUUCUCUGUUUUAAGAAUGCAUCCUGGGACACAUUUGAAUAGAAACAGCAUUACUGAAAGUUUGCUAAAGGGACUAAGCCAUUCCCAUUGCUUAAAGAAAAGUCCAUGUGUAAAGACCAUGCUUUUGAACAUGAGCAUCCUAUAUGAGAAGGGAUUUUUUUCCUGGUUGUAACCUGGAUGCCCAAGGCAGUCAAGAUGUGUGGGAGCAGCGUCGUGCCUUCUCUACAGCUCCUGCUCAUGUUAAUAGGACUUUCUCUGCUAUCUUUGGCAGAGACAUAUGGAUUCAACAAGUGCACCCAGUAUGAAUUUGAUAUUCACCAUGUGUUCUGCAUUCGGAAGAAGAUCACCAACUUGACAGAGGCCAUUAGUGACAUACCUAGAUAUACUACUCACCUCAACCUUACAAACAACUACAUUCAAGUCCUUCCUCCUUGGAGUUUCACUAAUCUGUCUGCUCUGGUAGACUUGAGACUAGAGUGGAACCUAAUUUGGAAGAUCGAUGAAGGUGCCUUUAGAGGACUUGAAAAUUUGACUCUGCUGAAUUUAGUGGAAAAUAAGAUUCAAAGUGUGAAUAACUCCUUUGAGGGCCUGUCCAACCUGGAGACCUUGCUCCUGAGCCACAAUCAGAUCACCCAUAUUCACAAAGACGCCUUUACUCCUCUAGUCAAAUUGAAAUAUUUGAGCCUAUCUCGAAACAGGAUUAGCAAUUUUUCUGGUAUACUUGAAGCAGUCCAGCAUCUUCCGUGCCUGGAGCACCUUGAUCUUAUUAACAACAGCAUUAUGUACUUGGACCACAGCCCUAGGUCACUGGUUUCUCUGACUCACCUGAGUUUUGAGGGGAACAAUCUAACGGAGUUAAACUUCUCUACUUUGUCACUGCCUAACUUAACCAAUCUAAGUGCUUCCCAGAAUGGCCAUGGAGUCAUUCAGGAUGUGUAUCUGAAAACUCUGCCCCAACUUCAAAGCUUGAAUCUGAGUGGAACAGUGGUGAAAUUGGAGAUGCUUUCAGCCAAACACCUGCAGAAUGUAAGGGUUAUGGACCUCAGUAACCGAGAACUUAAACAUGGUCACUUAAAUAUGAAAAUUGUUUGUUACCUCCUCAGAAACCUACCCAUGUUAGAGAUACUGUUUUUUCACAAAAAUGCCACCAAUGCAGAGGGCAUUAAGCAGCUGGCAAAGUGCACCAGGCUUUUGUUCCUCGACCUGGGCCAAAACAGUGACUUGGUUCAUCUCAACGACAGCGAGUUCAAUGCUCUACCCAGUCUCCAAAGGCUGAAUCUGAACAAGUGCCAGCUCUCCUUCAUCAGCAACAAGACCUGGAGUUCCUUGCAGAACUUGACCAUCCUAGAUCUGAGCCACAACAAGUUUAAAAGCUUUCCAGAUUUUGCAUUUUCCCCCUUGAAGCGCUUGGAGUUUCUCUCUCUUUCGAGAAACCCCAUCACAGAACUCAAUAAUCUGGCCUUCAGUGGGCUAUUUUCACUGAAGGAGCUCAAUUUAGCUGCAUGUUGGAUUGUAACAAUUGACAGGUAUUCCUUUACUCAGUUUCCAAACUUAGAGGUCUUAGAUCUUGGAGACAACAAUAUUCGGACUCUCAACCACGGAACCUUCCAACCUCUGAAAAAGCUCCAUACUUUGAUUCUCUCCCACAACCGCCUGGAAAUCAUGGAGUCGAAUGCAUUUUCUGGUCUCACUGGCCUACGUUACCUUGACCUGAUGUAUAACAGCUUGUCAUAUUUUCAUAAACACCAUUUCAUGGGCCUUGAAAAGCUGCUGGUUUUGAAACUUGGUUUUAAUAAGAUCACAUAUGAAACUACUAGGACCCUUCAGUAUCCUCCAUUUAUGAAGCUCAAGUCUUUGAAACAGCUUAAUCUAGAAGGACAAAAACAUGGGAUACAGGUUGUUCCAAGAAACUUUUUCCAAGGGUUGAGUAGUCUGCAGGAGUUACUCUUAGGAAAAAACCCCUCAGUAUUCCUGGACCACCACCAAUUUGACCCCCUCAUUAAUCUCACAAAGUUGGAUAUCUCAGGAACAAAAGAUGGAGAUAGAAGUCUCUAUUUAAACUCUUCCUUAUUCCAAAACCUCAAAAGGCUAAAGGUCCUCCGCCUCGAAAAUAACAACUUAGAGUCCUUGGUUCCUGGCAUGUUCUCCAGCUUACAGAACCUCCAAGUCUUCUCUUUAAGAUUCAACAACUUGAAGGUCAUUAAUCAAAGUCAUCUGGAGAAUCUGAAAUCAUUGAUGUUUUUUGAUGUCUAUGGGAACAAACUUCAGUGCACCUGUGACAAUUUGUGGUUCAAGAACUGGUCAAUGAACACAGAGGAAGUCCACAUCCCCUUCCUCCGGAGCUAUCCCUGUCAGCAGCCAAACAGCCAGAGUUUACUUAUAGAUUUUGAUGAUGCCAUGUGUAAUUUUGACUUGGGAAAGGUCUACUUCUUAUGUUCCUUCAGUGUGGUCCUCAGCACCAUGGUCUUCUCUUGGUUCAGUGCCAAGAUGAUUGCGUCUCUGUGGUAUGGUUUGUAUAUAUGUAGGGCCUGGUACCUCACUAAAUGGCACAAAACUGAGAAGAAGUUCUUAUAUGAUGCGUUUGUCUCUUUCUCGGCCACUGAUGAGGCAUGGGUAUACAAAGAGCUUGUUCCAGCCCUAGAAGAAGGCAGCCAGACCACCUUUAAACUUUGUCUUCACCAACGGGACUUUGAACCAGGCAUUGACAUUUUUGAGAACAUCCAGAAUGCGAUUAACGCAAGCAGGAAAACCUUGUGUGUAGUCAGUAACCACUACCUACACAGUGAAUGGUGCCGGCUUGAAGUCCAGCUGGCCAGCAUGAAGAUGUUUUAUGAGCACAAGGAUGUCAUUAUCUUGAUCUUCCUUGAAGAGAUUCCGAACUAUAAGCUGUCCAGCUACCACCGACUCAGGAAACUCAUCAACAGACAGACGUUUAUCACUUGGCCCGACAGUGCUCACCAGCAACCACUCUUCUGGGCUCGCAUUAGAAAUGCCCUGGGCAAUGAGACUGUGGAGAAAGAAAAUACACAUCUAAUUGUUGUCGAGUGACUGGGGUCUUACAAUCCCAAAUCCAUCUGCAUAAAUGUUGCACAAAAUAAGUGUAAGCUGUUUGACUAAGUGAACUCUCUUUCCAGGGACAAACAGAAGGGUGUGGGAGACUGCUUAGAAAAUUUUCAGGGGCAGGGUCCCACUAUUAUGGGAUUGGAUAUGCAGAAGGAAUUUCUAUUUUAUUAAGGAGAAGACUUGGAACACCAGUCACCUGAAUGCUGGGGAACAGGAAGGUCUUGGCAUGUGUUCCAGAACUUUGGUCAGAUCAUUUCUCCAGACCAGUUGCUGUCACAGGAGACUGCACUUGUUGUGUACCCAAACUGCCCCAAGAUUAAAACUUUCCAUCUUGGAGGGAAACUUCCUAAAACAAAGGUUUACAGGGAGGGAGAACAAUAGGAUGUUCUAAGGGGAGAAGGAACUAUUCCACCCUGCAGGGAAACUUGUUAAGACAGGAGGUAAACAACUCAGAAUAGUUUCACAAAGUCCCUGAAACUGACCAGGACUAGGCCCUUUCCUUCCCCAAAUGUAUAUAAACAGUAAAGAUUGCUGAGACCCUCAGAUAAGCCUAGCUGCCCGGAAGAAGCAGAGAGCAGCCUGGUUCCUGGAAGACUCUUAGACCAGCAGAGCUGCCUGGAAGAGGUUCAGACCAGCUGAGCCACCAGGAAAGGACACUCUCCAUCCUGUUGAGCUGCCUGAAGUCUGUGUAGUAUGUGCCAGGUUCCCAGUUUUUGCGAACUGUUAGCCACGCUGGGGUGGGUUUUAGUGAUGCAGCUGUCUUUGAAUCAUUUCUGCUCCUGUAAGUAACCCCUCACCCAUGUUCUUAUAAAUAGCCCCAAUAAAACUCAUUGAUUCACCAA